AUGGCGCCCAAAGGACUUGCAAUUCUCAUCGGUGCAGGGCCAACAUCUGGCGCAGGGAUUGCCCGCAUCCUGGCGAGCCCCCAACAUGGCAACCUCGCAGUUGCUCUACUCGCAAGGAAUCCAGACAAUCUCCAGAAUCUUGCAUCUGAUCUCCGGAAAUCCACAAACGGCAUCCUUCAUUCUUUCCCGACGGAUACCCAACCAGACAACCUCCGACGAGCAUUUCAGCAGAUAGCUGAUCAUCCAGACUUCAAAGAUCUCAAACUGAAGCUGGCCAUCUACCAUGUCAAGAACUCUAGCAAGAAGCCGUUCCUUGAGGAGACCCCAGAAGCCUUCAACGACAGUAUGAGCACUUAUACAACUGGCGGCGUCGUGUUCGCGCAGGAGGCACUGAAGCUCAUGUAUGCCCAAAACGGCGGGCAAACACUUCUUGCCGAUACAAACGGUGUCAAGAAAGGCACCAUCAUAUUCACGGGAACUUUGGGAGCCAUGCGCACGAAUCAACAAUACGCCGCUUAUGGCGCCUCUCGAGCAGCCGCCAGGAUGGUAGCACAGUCCAUUGCGAAGGAGCACAGCAAAUUCGGCGUGCACGUAGUCCAUGCUAUUGCCAAUGGCGGGAUCAUUGACGAGGAUAAUGGGGACACCAAAACUGGCAAGAAGAUGCGAGCAGAAGAUGUUGGUGAACUGUAUUUGUGGCUUUCGCAGCAGCCAAGUUCUCUCUGGACUCAUGAGUUGGACAUGAGACCAGCGCAAGAAACUUUCUAA